CCAUCAUGGCGGCGGGAGCGCGGCUGCCUGGGCCCGCGGCUCCGCAGGCUGGGCGCCGUUGCUGCUGUUGAGGGGCGGCGGCGGCGGCGCAGACGGGCGGGAAGGAUGAUGCUGGCUCCGAGGCCAGAGCGGCGGAUGCAGACCAGGAACAAGGUUGACGUUUGGCUAAAGAGACGUGUGUCCCGAAGCAGCCGGCGCCGGUGUCGCUGAGGCGGCGCGGAGGGCUGACCGACUGACUGAAGGCGGCGACCCGAGAGCCGGCCCCGUGGGGGACCGCGCGGUGGACGAGAUGCCGGGGCCGCCGGCGUCGCCGCCGCCGAUGCUCCUGCUGCUCCUGCUCCUGACGGUCGGCUGUGCCCGGGCCGCGCCACUUCCGCAAACAGGUGCAGGAGAAGUACCUGUUGUAGAAGUUCCCUCCUUGUUUGUGAUCCUGUCAGUGUGCAGUUUAUUGAUACUGAUAGUGUUAAUUGCAAACUGUGUUUCCUGCUGUAAGGACCCAGAAAUAGACUUUAAGGAAUUUGAAGACAAUUUUGAUGAUGAGAUAGACUUCACCCCACCAGCAGAAGACACCCCCUCCAUCCAGUCCCCAGCAGAGGUCUUCACGCUCUCAGUGCCAAACAUUUCACUUCCAGCUCCAUCCCAGUUCCAGUCUUCUGUGGAAGGUUUGAAGUCUCAAGUCGCCCGCCACAGUCUCAACUACAUACAGGAGAUGGGGAGUGGCUGGUUUGGAAAGGUCCUCCUGGGAGAGACUUACACAGGCACCAGCGUCGCAAGAGUCAUAGUGAAGGAGCUAAAAGUCAGUGCGAGCCCCAAGGAGCAGGAUACUUUCCUGAAAAAUGGAGAGCCUUACUACAUUCUCCAGCAUCCGAAUGUCCUCCAGUGUGUCGGGCAGUGUGUGGAAGCCAUUCCCUACCUUCUGGUGUUUGAGUUCUGCGACCUGGGUGACCUGAAGGCUUACCUGCACAAUGAGCAAGAACACGUGCGGGGUGAUUCACAGACCAUGCUGCUACAGAGGAUGGCGUGUGAGAUUGCCGCAGGGCUGGCAGCCAUGCACAAGCUGCACUUCCUGCACAGUGAUCUGGCCCUGCGGAAUUGUUAUCUCACCUCCGACUUAAAUGUCAAAGUGGGUGACUAUGGAAUAGGCUUCAGCAGAUACAAGGAGGAUUACAUUGAGACAGAUGACAAGAAAGUUUUCCCCCUGAGAUGGACUGCUCCAGAAUUAGUGACCAGCUUUCAAGACAGACUCUUGACUGCAGAUCAGACUAAAUACAGUAAUAUCUGGUCCUUAGGUGUAACACUUUGGGAACUCUUCAGCAAUGCUGCUCAGCCGUAUGCAAACCUUUCUGACCUGGAUGUCCUCAAUCAAGUCAUCAGAGAGAGGGACAUGAAGCUCCCGAAGCCGCAGCUGGAGCAGCCGUACUCGGAUAGAUGGUAUGAGGUGCUGCAGUUCUGCUGGCUGCCUCCUGACAAGAGGCCAGCCGCAGAAGACGUGCACCGUCUGCUAACUUACCUGAGGAUGCAGAGCCAGCGGGACUCGGAGGUCGACUUUGAACAGCAGUGGACCGCUCUCAAGCCUAACAACAACAGCAGGGACGCAGCCAGCAGCGCCGCCUUCCCCAUCCUUGACCACUUCGCCCGGGACCGGCUGGGUCGGGAGAUGGAGGAGGUCCUCACGGUGACUGAGACCAGCCAGGGCCUGAGCUUUGAGUAUGUGUGGGAGGCUGCCAAGCACGACCAUUUCGAUGAGCAGGGCCGGGGCCACCCAGACGAAGCCUUGUCUUACUCCAGUAUGUUCUUCCCAGUGGAGGUGUUUGAGAAUUCACUUUCAGAUCCUGGCCCUGGCAAGCAAGAUGACGGUGGCCAGGAGGUGCCCGUGAGGGCCCCUGGGGUGGUCCCUGUGUUUGAUGCACACAAGCUCUCUGUUGGAAGUGACUAUUACAUCCAGCUGGAGGAGAAAAGCAGCAGCACUGUGGGCCUGGACCCCCCGGCACUCCUCACCACUGAAGUGGAUGAUCUAGGAAGGGCUGGCGCUGAGCCGCCCCACCUGACGGUCCCUAAGAACCCCGUGUCUGAGGAACCCAGGACAGAAGAGGAUUUCUUCCAGAGCAGUGCUCACCCCAAAGACGCCAGCUCUACCGAGGACUCACGUGCUACCAGCAUCCCUGGGAGCCCUUUCAACCUAUUUAGUGACCUUGACAAAGCAGAUGACCUGCCCAGUCACCAAAAAAUAUUUGAUCUAAUGGAACUAAAUGGAGUUCAAGCUGACUUUAAGCCAGCCAUCUUGAGUUCAAGCCUAGAUGACCCCAAGGACACCUGCCAGUCUGACAAAGAAAAGCCCCAUAAGCUUUUGGACCAGGGCCCUCUGUGCUUAUCAGAAAGCCUUUUGCACCAAGAUCACUUUGAUCCACUGAGUGUCCAAGAAUUGUCAGAAAACUUUUUAUUUCUUCAGGAGAAAAAUCUACUGAAAGGCUCUCUGACUACCAAGGAGCAUGUGAACGACCUUCAGACAGAACUUAAGAAUGCAGGUUUUACCUCAGCACUGUUGGAGUCACCCCAGAGAGGCUCUGUAAGUUCUGAACUUGAGUUCCUGGAAAAUACACUAGACUUUCCUUUGUCACAGGGAGACACGAGUGGACAGAAUGAAGGUACAGGUGUCAUGUGUCACGGUGGUACCUCACCACAGGCCUCCCCAGCCUUGCUCACAGAAGAAGGAUCUCCUAAUGCCCCCCCAGACUCAAUUCUGAAGCCAGAAGAAACCAAAUCCUUUAUAGAUGUCAGAGUCCCUGAGAACUCCAUCUGCCUGGAUCUAAGCCCCGACCCCGUGACUGUUGGAGUUGAAAUUCCUGCUACCGAUGCCAAAACCCUUGAUGGGGGCGACGGACCCCCAGACGUCACUUGCCAAAGCAAGGAGGCCUUGAGUCUAACCAACAGAGACCCCAUCCUUGUGAAUGAUAUUACUGCUCAGGGUAGUGUGGAGAGUUGUCUUCCAGAAUCGAGACAGGAUUUACAAAAUCAGCCAUUUUCAGAAGACCCUCUUAGUGUCAGCUCACUGGAGAAAAACUCGGAAGCUGUGGAGACUUUAAAUCGGCUUAAUUACAAGGCUGCCCCAAAGGAUGCAGCCUUGGCAUCUGCCCUGUCCUCGGAUUCCACCAGCCAAGAUAGCCUCUUAGACGACAGUUUGUCAACACCCAUCCCCACCUCAGAGCAGUCUGUGGAGACGCCAGACUCCCUGGAUUCAGUGGAUGUCCAUGAAGCAUUGCUAGAGUCCCUGGGCUCCCACACCCCUCAGAAACUCUUGCCCCCCGAUAAGCCUGCGGACAGCGGCUAUGAAACGGAGAACCUGGAAUCUCCUGAGUGGACCCUGCACCCUGCACCUGAGGGCACUGCUGACUCAGACGCAGCUGCAGCAGGUGACAGUGGCCACAGCAGUUUGCCUCCCAACCCGGUCAUUGUCAUCUCGGAUGCAGGCGAUGGCCACAGAGGUGCUGACGGUCCUCCUCAGAGCUUCACACUUGGCACCCAGAGUUCAUAUCGAGACUCUGCAUACUUCUCAGACAAUGACUCAGAGCCAGAUAAAAAGCCCGAGGAGGUCCCAGGAACAUCUGCCAAUGCCCUGGCGUUGGUAAAGGGCCAGUCCCCACCUGAGUCAGUUGUCCCAGAAGAAAGCUCUGAUGUCAGAGAAGGCUGCCUGGAAGCCCCACAGGACAAGCCAGAUCAAAGUCAGGUGUCUACUUUGCAGAAUUCUUGUCACUCAGAACUACAAGAAACAUUGCAGCCCACACCAGCUGAUGCUUCCAGAGAGACCUAUCCUGUGAACGACGAGGCCAGCAGCCCCUUGAGUUUGUUGAAUUCAGAACUUAGCAGCUGCGAUGACCUGGACACACAGGAAGAUCGCCCAUGCACCCUGGCCUCCACAGGUACAAAUACCAAUGAACUCCUUGCAUACAUGAGUUCCACACUGGAUAAAUCUUUGCCCAGCCACUUCGAGAGCUCCAAGCUGAAGGAGCCAGACAUUGAAGGGAAAUACCUGGGCAAACUUUGUGUGUCUGGGAUGCUGGACCUCUCGGAGGAUGGGAUGGAUGCAGAUGAGGAGGAUGAGAACAGUGACGACUCGGACGAGGACCUGCGAGCCUUCAACUUGCACAGCCUAAGCUCUGAGUCUGAAGACGACACGGAGCACCCUGUGCCCAUUAUUGUCAGUAACGAUGAUGGUAGGCACCUGCGGAGUUUGCUGAAACCCUCAGCUGCCGAGGCCAUUGAGCAGCUGCCGGAAGACUGGAAGAAGGAAAAGAAGGCAGUGACAUUUUUCGAUGAUGUCACCGUUUAUCUGUUUGACCAGGAAACCCCCACCAAAGAGCUGGGGCACUGCGGGGGAGAAGCACACGGCCCUGGGCCCAGCAGCCCAGCAGCGUCCUCAAGUUCCCCCUACCUAGGGAGGUGCAUGAAUUCCGAAAGUUCCACGGAUGAAGAAGGCGGAGGCUUCGAAUGGGACGAUGACUUCUCCCCGGACCCUUUCAUGUCAAAGACAACAAGCCUUCUGGGUUCCAAGCCUUCUCUUCAAACCUCCAAAUACUUCUCCCCUCCCCCACCGGGCAGGAGCGCAGAGCAGAGCUGGCCGCACGCGUCCCCCUGCUCCCGGUUCUCCAUCUCUCCCGCCAACAUUGCCAGCUUCUCUCUGACACACCUCACGGACUCAGACAUUGAACAAGGAGGCAGCAGUGAAGACGGAGACAAGGACUAGGUGGCUGUAGACACUCUCCCAGCCAGCAGCGCUCCUGCUCGUCCACCUGAGCAACGCCAUCCACUCCAUGCUGACUGGCACCAGACAGUGAGUGGCUCAGGAGUGAUGGAAAGCCGGGCCACCACGCCAGGAAGCCAACUUCCUCUGCAGCGCUCGUCUGCCCGCUCGCCUGGGCUGCUCCUGCGCUCUCGCUGGGCAUCCUGCUGAAGUGGCCACACUGCCACACUGCUCUGGCACACAAGUGUUGGAGGACCUGAGCACCUCGGGCCAUGGGUCUGUGUGUGGGUGUGGGUGUGGAUGUCUGCCUCGACACAGGUGCCACAGAGGGGCGGGCGCACCAGGGGAGGGAGUGCUCACAAGUGAGCCAUAUUUAUUGUCUUUAGGAAAUCACUAAUUGCUCUUUGACUGCACUGUGGGUGAGUGUUCUGAGCUCCCAAUAUUGUACAGCAUCGUAAAUUAUCCAAGGAAACUAUGGCAGGUCAAGCUGGUGCUGUCCACUGGUUUGAUUUUCUUUUUUCUUUUUGUUUUGUUUUUGUCUCUGUCUCCCUGUGUGUCUGCUCUGCAUGGUACUGUAAAGCUUUGGUAUUUUGAGUGUUCUUCUUUCUUAGCCCACCCGUGGGAACUGUCCGCAGGGACCUUCCCUCGGAGCCUUCUGACUCUGGGAGUUAGGUCGCUUUAUGUCCUUAGAGGACAUGUUGUUGAUGAGGCCAAAACUGCUCUUCUGUUUCGUUGAUUGCAUCGAGCAUGUUUCUAUAUAAGGUGGGUUCUCUGGGCAGCCUGCCCUGCCUCUUGUGCUUUGAAAUUCUUUUGGUAAAAAUCCCUGAAGAGGUGCACCCAUCACUCAGUGCCCAGGGUCCUUUUCUGGCUAGAUGAGGCCACACACCACUUGCUCUGCACCGAGGCCAGCUUGCGGGAGCUCUGUGUCUCAGGCAGGUGGGACCUCUGAGACAUUGGUCCCCACAGAGCUGUAAGUGAGAAGAGCAGUUUGUCCACUCUGGGUGCCGCUGAGGGAGCUGUUUGGAAAUGUCAGGGAUGGGUUCUUCCCAUCCCAGGCCAUAGCGCCCAGGAUACAGUCAGCCCCUGUAGCUGCAAGUAGCAGGGCAGAGACCCCAGCAGGGCCUUCAGCAGCCCUCAUGGCCCCUUUUCUGUACCAAGCACCCAGCUCUCCUCUUGUUCUGAAAGGGAUUUCACAUCUUCAGUGUAGCCUCAGUACAUCAUCGAAGGAGUCUGCUGUCCCCAACACGGAGGGAGACCUCGCUUUCCUACCCCGCAGGUCUGCUUUGACAAGCAACUAUUGGUGGCCAUGGCAGCGUGGCGAUGCUGUGCUGGGCGGGAGCUGCACCUGCUGGCGUGGCUCUUCUCACUGAGCUUCUUGCCCCAAAUACCCCGGUGCUGCCCCUGCUGUCCAGACUCCAGUGUGAUAAUGGGAUGAGUGUCCAGGCCCUGGCCAGGACAUCGUGCUGUCCAUCAGAAGGACGUGGACCCCUGCAGAGUGCAAGUGUGAAUGUCGGUGUGAGUUUACCUACAAUUAUGACCUUUAUUAUCAACUCGGAUUCGAUCCAUGCAUUUUUAUACUAAGCAAUAACUUUACGAUCAACAGAAGAAGUUGGAGAAGAGAGUCUCCUUUCCCCAUCCUUGGUGCGGACCGCGCUGCCUGGACUCCGUAGAAAGCACUGGACUUUGUGACAUGUAUAUUAAAAACAGGGCAUUUCAAAGUAAUUUUGCCAAAAUUGUCAUAACUGAAUUUUUGCUGUGUGGACUUUCUGAUUUAAUUUUUACCUCUAUCUACCAGUCUUAGUUGAGAAAGGAAGGAGGUGUAAUUAUAAUAAGGGUUUGGUUUCAGAAGUUGAGAUUCACUGAUUACAGUCAGGUGGAUCCAUAUGUGUAGCCUCCUUUCGCAGCCAGCCUGGGAUAGAGUUACUGACAUUUGAGGGCUGGCCAUCUUUCACCAUGCUGAGGGGAUUUUAACAAUACAAUUUCCCUUUAUAUUUAUAUCUAUAUUGUUCUCAUCGUAAAUUGCCAAAAUAAAAGCGUUUUAUAUAUUGAGUUGGGGUGGGGUGGGGUAGAUCUUCUGUGGCGUUGCAUGGAAGGGAAGACUUUGUAGAACACUCGUCAACACAUCCUCCCAAAAUCUCAAGCAAUAUACAGAAAUUUCAGUAGGUUAAACUUCAGCCCGUUUUUUAAAUGUGAGCAUGUGCUUUGCCAUCCAGUGUGGGUUUUGUUUUGGUUUAGGUUUUGUUUUUUGUUUUUCAAGAUAGGGUUUCUCUGUGCAGCCAUGGCUGUUCUGGAGCUUGCUGUAUAGUCCAGGCUGGCCUCAAACUCAGAGAUCCACCUGCCUCUGUCCCCUGAUGCUGCCACCAUACCCAGCUGGUUUUAUUUUUUAAUGAUAACUUAGUUGCCCUUGGUGGGCUUUCCAAACCUGGUCACUCACGUUAGCAGUGAAACGAGCCGGUGGUGUCUGUGGCUGGCAUGUGGUGGGCUCGGUGACUUUUCUUUCUGCCCUCCCUUGAGUGCUCACCCUCCACCUACCAGACUGGAAACUGACUUUUAAGUCCUCUAAUAAAAAUAAUGAGCCCUCCAAGUCCCUCUUGAUAGCUUCUAUUUGUUAGAAGAUGACCUAAGUCAGAAAAAAGUAGUUCCCCCUCCCUGAGAGACUCUGUCUGGGCCAGAAGCCAUUCAUUGAAAGGGUGCGAUGGCAACCGGCCUCCAGCCAUGCAGGCCUGGUUUUAGAGAGAUGCGUUUCUCUGAGGAGGUCUGUCUCCCUGCUGUACAAUGCCUUUUAAACCUUCCCCUUUUUCCGUACUUCCCAUAGGGCAUUUGUAGAAUUAGUGACCUACUGCAUGUCUGUCCCUACGACCAGGAAAAGAGACAGGCAGCUCCUCAGCCUGAGAACGCCGAUGCGACCAAGUGUCAGCUCUAUGUACCAUGCUUCAGAGCACCCACCUUGAGAGAAGCCACCUUCUAGUCAGAGUGGGCAGACACAGUUACGUCAAACAUACAUCUCAAUAUUUCUUCAGAAGCAAACGGGGGCACCAGUCUUGGCUUUUAGGAAACUGUUUAACUUACACAUAAGUUCUUAAGAUGUGUUGGCAGUAUUGCGUCACCCACGGCCGUCCGUCCCGGGGGCUGAACAUAUGGUGUUUGGUUACUGAAGCCUGCUCAGGCGAGGCUGGGUCUUGUGCAUGUUCCCACUGUUUCAUCCCAUCCUCGCCAGGGAUCUGGGUGGGACAGUCACACCCACGGCCUGCUACCUACCAGGUUGUACUUCACGCAAUCAGAAGGGGUUCAUGGCAAUAUAGCAGUUAAUGAACUUGGAGUUUAAAUUGUGUACAUUUUUAAAUUGUAAGAUUUUUACUGUAUAUUGAAGCUUAGUGUGAUUCAAUAAAUUGCUUGUAAUUUAAAAACUAUUUAAUAUUCAAAAUAAAUAUAGUUAUAUAUUUAUAAUAA